CAAAGAAACCACAGAGCAGGUUCUGUGUGUCUCUAAACAAUUUUUAUCCAAAUGAAGAAGCGAGGCAAAGAAAGUAAGUGAUCACAGUGUCACCCAGCUGUGGACACUGACAGAGGAGAGUGACAGAGUGCCAAUCAGACAGAGAAGUUCAUUUCAGCAGCCUGUCAAGACCCUGCGCUCCCAGAGAGGCCAAUGCAAUAGAAACAGAGGAGGAAUCUCUGUCAGCAAUUACUCCAGUGUUAGGUGAAGUUCAUCAAGCAGGCAUUCUGCCGCAGGAAAUACAAACACUGAGUUUUCUACCCAGGGGAAUCCAAAGCGCUGACCUUCACUCAGAGCAGAAGUGUGUUUGAUGGUCUGUUGUUAUGGUGAUGAAACAAGUGGGCCACAGAAGCCAGCACGGGUGCAGAGCUGCUGUCCUGUGCUGCGUUGUGAUGUCGUUUGGAGCUCAGUGAGCCAGCAGCAGGGCUUCUGAGGCCUGCUGGAGGAAGUUGGAUGAAACGCUGCUUCCCGGCUUCACCUGCCUAGUCCACAGGCAGACCUCAGUAAAGAAGAAUAGCUGUGAACUUGACAUUGGAGCAACACCAGAAAUGCUCAGGGAAUGUCAGAGAAGCCAGAGGAAAAUGGGUAAUAUGGUGGCCUACCCAGACCUAAAGAGCGAAAGGGCUCCCGGUGGCAAAAUGGCUAAGGUGGACAUCAACCAUGUGACUUUGGCAUCCAGGCUCUUAACUACUGCAUCAUACUAAUGAACCCACCAUAAACACAGGAACACUUCUUCAAAGCAAUUAAAGCAGAUUGGGAAAGCUGAAAUGUGACUUUGAAUCUACCUCACAUACAGUGUUGCAAUUCAUGACAGUUUGUGAUUCUGUAUUGUGUGUGUGUAUGUGUGUGUGUGUGCAUUUGUUCACCUGUGGGCCUAUGCAUGUGGAAGUUAGAGGUUGAAUGUGGGUGUCAUUCCUCAGACACCAUCAACUCUGUCAUUUUGAGACAGGGCAUCUUAUUGGCUUGGAGCUGCCAAUGCUUUCAUGGGAUUCAGUUUCUCCUUCACAGGCAUCUUUAGAAAUUAAAGAGAAAGAAAGAAGUGAUGUACCGGUCCCACAUGCUGAUAAUUGGUUUCAUUAAUGCUUUCUGCUGUCGUUGAUCAGCUAGUUUAUUUUCACUGGACUCCCCUGGCCGAACUGAACUCUUCCAUUUUCUUGCGAGAUAAGAGAAAGGAGCCAUGAAUGAGCCACUGGACAGUCCAGCCAACACUUCUGACUCCCUGGAUGACGUCGUUGCUUUGGGAAACUGCACUGAUGAGCAAAUAUUAUUCAAGACGCAGUACCUUCCUGUCAUCUACAGCAUCAUCUUUCUGGUGGGCUUCCCGGGGAACACAGUGGCCAUUUCCAUCUACAUUUUCAAGAUGCGACCCUGGAAGAGCAGCACCAUCAUCAUGCUCAACUUGGCCUUGACCGACUUGCUGUACCUGGCCAGCCUCCCUUUCCUCAUCCAUUAUUACGCGAGUGGCGAGAACUGGGUCUUCGGGGACUUCAUGUGCAAGUUCAUCCGAUUUGGCUUCCAUUUCAACCUCUACAGCAGCAUCCUCUUCCUCACCUGCUUUAGCAUCUUCCGGUACGUUGUGAUCAUUCACCCGAUGAGCUGUUUUUCUAUUCAGAAGACACGGUGGGCAGUGGUGGCUUGUGCUGGGGUCUGGAUCAUUUCUUUGGUAGCCGUCAUGCCCAUGACUUUCCUGAUCACAUCAACCACCCGGACCAACAGGUCUGCUUGUCUUGACCUGACCAGUUCAGAUGACCUCACUACUAUCAAAUGGUACAAUCUUGUUUUGACUGCCACAACUUUCUGCCUUCCCUUGGUAAUAGUGACACUCUGCUACACAACAAUUAUCAGCGCCCUCACUCAUGGGCCGCAGACCCACAGCUGCUUCAAGCAGAAGGCUCGAAGGCUGACCGUUCUGCUGCUCCUUGUGUUCUACAUAUGUUUCCUACCCUUCCACAUCUUGAGGGUCAUUCGGAUUGAGUCUCGCCUGCUUUCCAUCAGCUGCACCAUGGAGAGCCACAUCCACGAGGCUUACAUUGUCUCUAGGCCGCUUGCCGCCCUCAACACCUUCGGCAACCUGCUGUUGUACGUGGUGGUCAGCAACAACUUCCAGCAGGCACUCUGCUCCGUAGUGAGAUGCAGAGCUGGCGGGGACCCCCAACAGGCCAAGAAAGACAGCUGCUCAGACAACCCCUGAGUCAGGCCGUUUAGUCAGCGCUAGGAGCUGGCUCAGAGGUGAAACUCUUCAAGUGCAGAUGUGAGCUCCUGAGAUAGGCUCUUCAGUACCCGCAUCAAUUGGACGUGGUAGAAAGCAAUCCUGCAAUCCCAUCGCUUCGUUGGUGUGCUGGAAAUGGAGCCAGGAGAACUCCUUAAGGCUCCAGGGCCAGCUAGUUCACAGGGACUAAUCUCAAAGGGACCUUCUUUCCACCAACACAGAAGGGAAGGGCCCAUGCUGGAGGCUGUCCUCUCAGAUCCUCAUGUGUGUUGUGGCAUGUAUUCCACCCCUCCCCCACAAAUAGUCACACAUCAUUCACACAUACACACUCAUCACAUAGCAAUUGAUCAAUGAACUGAUCAGUUAACGCCCCUUGAUAACUCGUAUAUAACUUCUAAGAAGUCCAGUAUCCACAGCCCAGUGGAACCCGCAGCAAGUACAGUAUGUUCUGGUCAUUGCGAGCCAAAGCCAUGGGCAGGGCUCUUGCGAGAUCUUUGUGAAAUACAUAUUGAGAUCACUGGGUAGAGAACGAGAUUUGUGAAUGUCAAUAAAGUAGAUAGGAUUAGAAACUAUAAGUCUCAGAGAAUUUCCGUUGCCGCCAACUUGUUGCCUCCACAUGGAAAGCAGUGAUUGUACAGCAGCCCUGGACCGCCCCUCCCCCACUGCUUUAAUGUCUAGAAACAGGACAGACAAAGGGAAACAGCAGACAAACUAGAACCAAAUAACAGUGAAGCGUGCGCUUCCAUGCCUAGUUCCCCGUCCUCUGUACUUCGGGGACUCGGUUUGCUGAAACCCUAGGUUACCCAGAAGCAUCAUCUGUGCCUUUCUCAGUAUUUUCACAUCUCAUAUCUUUACAAAGUUUUUUCCCCCCUUUAAAUUUUCUUUGCGAUCUUUUUCUGAGUCUUCCUCUCAGUUCUGGUUAGUUCUUUAGACUGAAGGAAACAUUAGGGCACAGUUAGAAGGGAGCUGGGGAGACGGCACAGCCAGCGAAGUGUCUGAUGUACAAGUGUGAGCUUGAGUCUGCUUUUUGGAAUCUACACAUAGAAGCCUGUAGCAGAGGUGGCUCGUGGAAUCCCAGCUCUGGGCAGGCAGAAACGGGCAGGUCCCUGGAGCCUGAUGGCCAGCCAGCCUAGCCUGCGCCAUGAGCUCUAACACAGUGAAAGACGCUGACUCCAAAUAGAGGGAUGUAGCUCCCAGUGAACGGCAAACAUGGCUGUCCCCUGGACUAUGUCAUCACUGUUGUCGGCCAUCUUAACAUUGUUGUGUUUAUAAGUCAUAUUGUGUUUUAUUAAUACUUGUCAACAUUUUCUGGGGAAAAGGAGACAUGAUGAAAUAGAACUACUUUCAAAUAUCAUCUAUACAUAUAUCAGGUGCUAAAUCAAAGGUAACAUUAUUUCGAUUUCCAUGGGAAAAUUCUCCUGGAAACACAUAUUGGGUAUCUUGAUCUCUUAGAAAUAUAACAAAAACAAUGCCUGUAGAAACAGUGAAAAAUUUUCUUGGAUUACGUGUAUGCUUAAUUAUCAGUAAACAUAAAUAUUUGAGAAAAUGCCUGUCUACAUACUUUAAACCCUAA